UCGAAAUUAAAUUGGUGAUGAAGGUGCAUCAGGCUUAGGUUCUGCUUUAGCAAAUUGCAUUAAUCUCUCAAAUUUGACACUUGGCCUUUCUUACAAUUAAAUUGGUGCAAUUGGUGCAUCAGGCUUAGGUUCUGCUUUAGCAAAUUGCAUUAAUCUCUCUAAUUUGACACUUUACCUUUAUGAAAAUUAAAUUGGUGAUUAAGGUACUUUAGGCUUAGGUUCUGCUUUAGCAAAUUGCACUAAUCUCUCAAAUUUGGCACUUGAUCUUAGUUUCAAUUAAAUUGGUGAUUAAGGUACUUUAGGCUUAGGUUCUGCUUUAGAAAAUUGCACUAAUCUCUCAAAUUUGACACUUGAUCUUAGUUUCAAUUAAAUUAGUGAUUAAGGUACUUUAGGCUUAGGUUCUGCUUUAGCAAAUUGCAUUAAUCUCUCAAAUUUGACACUUGGUCUUAGUUUCAAUUAAAUUGGUGAUUAAGGUACUUUAGGCUUAGGUUCUGGAUUAGAAAAUUGCACUAAUCUCUCAAAUUUUACACUUGAUGUUAGUGGAAAUUAAAUUGGUGCAAGUGGUGCAUCAGGCUUAGGUUCUGCUUUAGCAAAUUGCACUAAUCUCUUAAAUUUGGAACUUUAUCUUUAUAAUAAUUAAAUUUGUGAUUAAGGUACUUUGGGCUUAGGUUCUGCUUUAGCAAAUUGCACUAAUCUCUCAAAUUUGACACUUGGUCUUAGUAAAAAUUAAAUUUGUGAUUAAGGUGCUUUAGGCUUAGGUUCAGCUUUAGCAAAUUGCAUUAAUCUCUCUAAUUUAACACUUUAUCUUGGUGGAAAUUAUAUUCGUGCAAGUGGUGCAUAAGGCUUAGGUUUUGCUUUAGCAAAUUGCAUUAAUCUCUCAAAUUUGACACUUGAUCUUAGUUCUAAUUAAAUUGGUGAUUUAUAUACUUUAGGCUUAUUUUCUGCUUUAACAAAUUGCAUUAAUCUCUCAAAUUUGACACUAUAUCUUAGGUAAAAGCAGUUUAUUUCUUUUGGAUU